UGGCUCGCUUAUGACUCAGUAGUCAGUGCUGAGUCCUGCGUUUGCUUCUUCUUCUUCUUCUUCUUCAGGUGUCUUCUUAGAUCUGAUCGCGAGUUCUAACGAAAGGUUUUAGUUUUAUACAAUGGGUCGUGGAAACAGCUGUGGUGGAGGUCAAAGCUCAUUGAAUUAUCUUUUUGGUGGUGCUGGUGGUGACGCUCCUGCUCCUAACCCUGUUCCAGCUCCUCGCCCUGCGCCUACUGAAGCUAACAACAGCACUGCACCAUCACCACCACCUGUAUCAGCUGCCACUGCAACCGCACUCACGACUGCUACUACUCCUGUUGAGCCAGCAGAGCUUAACAAGCAGAUUCCUGCUGGUAUCAAAACUCCUGUCAACAACUAUGCCAGAGCUGAAGGACAGAACACCGGAAACUUCCUCACUGACCGUCCUUCGACCAAAGUUCAUGCAGCUCCUGGAGGAGGAUCAUCCUUGGAUUAUCUCUUCACUGGUGGGAAGUAGAAUGAAUAAUUUGCAAAGGCGUAGCUUAUGCACUGUCUCUGCUAUCUAUGAAACUGUUUGAUGUGAGCCUUUAAAUGAUAAGAAGUCGGUUUCUUGUCUCUCCUUAUCUCAACUCUUUGUCUGUAAUAUUCUCCUGAAAAAAAUGUUUUGAGUUUAAAAAGAAAACUUCAAGUUUCUGUUAUUAACCAUCAA